CUGCAUACAAUCACUGAAAAAGUCACUAUUUGGUAGGGUUUCAAGGUUACAAAACAAGGUUUACGAAGAUCUAUGCCUAGUUGGCAAGCGGUAUCAUCAACCAGGCAUGCGCCUUCGGGACAAUUCAUGUCUAUGCACCAAAGCCUUGGCCUUCAACUUGCACAGCUCAGCCGAGAUGCCUCUGCUGCAGGUGCAGCACGCCGCAUAAACACUCAGAGAAAGAAUGUAGAAAUAGAGUCCGUCGCAGCAGGGAAAGCAGAGAAUCAACAAGUGGUAAAGAAGUACUUCCGAUUGGAGCUUCAGGAGAAGGAACAAGAAGAUAUAGAUGAAGACAUUGCUUCCAAGGCUCUAGAAAAUGGAUUUAUUGCUGUAACUCCUCUACAUGUCAGUGUACUCGCCGAGCCUGACAUUCAAGCCUCAACAGCAGAUUGGAUUACCUCCGCUCUCAACUGAUUUGAAGGUGGUCUUUAACACAUUUAUUGGUUGUAGAUCGGUUCAUUUGCCUGCUUGAAGUGUUGUGUCAAUUCUAAUUUGUGGCCCUGUUUUUUGUCAUUCUCUGAUACUAAAUUAUUUGUUGUAGCUUUAAAAGGUACCCAUGUUUGGCCAGUUGAAUUUCUAAGGCAAUAUGUGGUACUGACACCAGGAGCACCUCACAUUUGCUUGAGUGUGCUUUUGUUUUGAUUUUUGAUUUUUUUUCUUUGCUGUGUUUUUGAAGGUGUUUUUCUGUGUAAA